AUGGAUUCGUCGCCUGAGCGCGCGCCCCAAGCCAGUCCCCGAUGCCUUCUUCUCUUUCCUCUGCUGCUGCUGCUGUCGACUCUGGAGCUAGGCCCGAGUCAGGCCGGAGCCGAAGAGACCGACUGGGUUCGACUGCCCAGCAAAUGCGAAGUGUGUAAAUAUGUCGCUGUCGAGCUGAAGUCUGCCUUUGAGGAAACCGGCAAGACCAAGGAGGUGAUUGACACAGGCUAUGGCAUAUUGGACCGGAAGGCCUCCGGAGUCAAAUAUACCAAAUCGGAUUUACGGUUAAUCGAAGUCACUGAGACCAUCUGCAAGAGGCUCCUGGACUAUAGCCUGCACAAGGAGAGGACCGGCAGCAACCGGUUCGCCAAGGGCAUGUCAGAGACCUUUGAGACCCUACACAACCUGGUGCACAAAGGAGUCAAGGUGGUGAUGGACAUCCCCUACGAGCUGUGGAAUGAAACCUCAGCAGAGGUGGCUGACCUCAAGAAGCAGUGUGAUGUGCUGGUGGAGGAAUUUGAGGAGGUGAUUGAGGACUGGUACAGGAAUCACCAGGAGGAGGACCUGACGGAGUUCCUCUGUGCCAACCACGUGCUCAAGGGAAAGGACACCAGUUGCCUGGCAGAGCGGUGGUCUGGCAAGAAGGGGGACACAGCCGCCCUGGGAGGAAAGAAGUCAAAGAAGAAGGGUAGCAAGGCCAAGGCCUUGGGCAGCAGGAGCAGCAGCAGCAAACAGAGGAAGGACCUGGGUGGCCUGGAGGGAGACCCUGGCCCCGAGGAGGAGGAGGGCAUCCAGAAAGCAUCCCCCCUCACACAUAGCCCCCCUGAUGAGCUUUGA